GCCAUGCCGGUCUGGGUGCGGGAUUACAGCUGGCGGCAGACGGACACUGCUGUUUUCCUCUCCCUGCCGAUGCGGGGUGUCCGGGUCACCCAGGCAAACAUCUUCUGCACUGACCAGUAUCUGAAGGUAAAUGUUCCUCCAUUUUUAUUUGAAGCCAUUCUGUAUGCUCCUGUUGAUGACACUAGUAGUACAGCAAAGAUCAGAAAUGAGACCAUUUUCUUCACUUUAUAUAAAAAAGAAGUGGCCAUGUGGGAAUCCCUGGUUAUGGAAAAUGGUGACAAAGAGAAAAUGCAGAGAAUAAGAGAGAAUGCUGUCAUAAAAGCCCAAGAGAAGGCAGAUGAAGAGGAAAAAUCAAAAGCUGUUACAAAACGAGAACAUAAAAAAUUUGCUCUGGAGGCCACAAUGAAGCUAGAAGAAACAGAGAGAAAAAGAAUUGAAAAUCUGAAAGAAGAGGAGCGAAAGAAGGUCACUGAGGAGCUGGAGAUAUGGAAGGAAAAGCAGAGAAAUGAGGAGAAACAAAGAAGGAUACAAAGAGAAGAGGAAAUACGUAGAGAAAGGAAACUAAUAGAGGAGAAGAAAAAGCAAGAAAUAAAUAAAACUCUAAAUGCAGGAACUUCCAAGGCUAGAAGUAUACUUACAAGAGCUGGUAGUUCUGGAAAUAUAUUUUCAGAGAAGUUAAAAGAAGAAUCUUUCCCUGCUCCUCGAUCUGCUGGUACUAUUAAAAUUAGUUUCACAUCUCGGGUGUUUCCUACAGCUCUCAGAGAAUCCAGAGUAGCAGAAGAGGAAGAGUGGCUCCAUAAGCAAGCAGAGGCUCGUAGAGCAAUAAAUGCUAAUUUUUCUGAGCUGAAGGAUUUAAAUGAGGAGGAGAAGAACCCAGACUGGUUGAAAGACAAAGGAAACAAAAUGUUUGCAACAGGAAACUAUCUUGCAGCUGUAAAUGCCUAUAACCUGGCAAUUCUGUUAAAUAAUAAGAUUCCAGUACUAUAUCUGAAUCGUGCUGCUUGUCACCUUAAAUUGAGAAACUUGCACAAGACCAUUGAAGAUUCAUCUAAGGCACUAGAAUUACUGAUACCACCUGUUCCAGACAAUGCUGAUGCUAGAGUGAAAGCUUACGUGAGGCGUGGGACAGCAUUUUGUCAGCUGGAAUUGUAUGCUGAAGGUCUCCAGGAUUACGAAGCUGCUCUCAAGAUCGAUCCUACAAAUAAAACUUUAGAACAAGAUGCUGAGAAGAUUCAACAUAUAAUUCAUGGAACUGCACAAGAUUCUUAACAAAGUCUAGAAUCAGCAUGGUGGUGUAUUUAACAGACUGGAAUCAGGAAAACACUUAUUUCAAAUUCUGCCUAAGCCAGUGAAGCCACCAGACAUUUUGUUGCUGCACUCAUCCCAGUUAUAAAAUUGGGUAAAAGAGAAGUUACUUCUCAUAAGAACUACUAUAAUUUAGGUAAAUAUAGUGCAGAAAGAGAAGUAAAUAAUACACAUUUUAUUUUCUUACCUGUUUCCAAAAUUUUCAUUUGUUUUCUUUGUAGGAAAUAUUGACUAGCCUGAAUAGCAGAACAUAAUUUACUAUAUUUAAUUUCAAAUCUGUUAUUAAGCAAUCAAAUGUAGUCUCAUGGAUUUUUAAAACAACUUCAGUGGUUUAGUCAACAUUAUUAACCAUGUUAAUAGUUUUGCUACCAAAGUUAAAGUGCUAAUGUAGAAAGGAACAGCCAUCAGAACUGAUGUGAAAUCAGAAGCCAUCCAAUUAGAAAUAUUUCACAUAGGACUAGAAAUUACAUAAUGCUCAUAUUGUAUAUGAAUUUGCCAAAACAACCCACCCUAAAACACUUUCUUAAAAAACUGGAGCCAAAACAUUCAGCUCCCAUUGAAGCAGGGCCGGCUCCAGGCACCAGCUUGUCAAGCAGGUGCUUGGGGCGGC